CCCGUUUUACCCCUCGCUCCCCGCCGAGGUACAUAAUCGGCAGUCGAGGCAGGUGGGGUUGCGGUCGUGUCUUGGAGAAGAAGAGAACGGCUCAGGGAAGGUUCAAUUGGGAUAUGAGGCGGGGUAGAGUGAACACUGAAGUGUGAAUACCGAGACAGAUCUGUCAUCUGUUCAUUCCCAGGCACUUCACCGUUGAAUGAUUUGACGUUGAGUACAGUAUUCUCUCCUUCCCAACUCCAAACCUUGCUGGCUCAGUUCAUCUCCCACUCCGCCUUACCAUCAGCAACAACACACCGCCGUGACCAGCAUCCCAACCAACCAGCCAAAAUGGCCUUCACAACCAAAGCCACCAUCGCCUCCUUCGGCGGCAAGCUCUUCAAACUCUCCCACAGCUCCACCGUGACCGGCACUCCCAUGGCCGUGAACCUCUUCGUGCCGCCGCAAGCCCUGGCCGCCAACUCAACCUACAAAGCGCCGGUGUUGAUCUACCUCUCGGGCCUGACCUGCACACCCGAGAACUGCUCCGAGAAGGGCUUCUUCCAGCACCGGGCGAGCCAGCUGGGUCUAGCAGUCCUCUACCCGGACACCUCCCCUCGCGGGCUCAACCUGCCAGGGGAGACAGAUUCAUGGGACUUUGGGGCCGGGGCGGGCUUCUACGUCGACGCGACCCAGGCGCCCUGGAACAAGGGGUACAAGAUGGAGAGCUACAUUGCGCGGGAGCUGCCCGACACGCUUUUUGGGGAUGCCGAGUACGGCCGCUACCUGGACCGCGCCCGCGUCGCCAUCACGGGCCACAGCAUGGGCGGCCACGGCGCUUUGACUCUGUAUCUCAAGUACCCGGGCAAGUUUGCCAGUGUGAGCGCGUUUGCGCCUAUCGCUAACCCGAGCAACUGUCCUUGGGGUGAGAAGGCAUUUACGGGGUACCUGGGUGGUGAGAACCGGGACGAGUGGAAGAAGCAUGAUGCGACUGAGCUCGUGAGGAGCGGUGAUUGGAAGGGGAAGGACCUGAAGAUGCUGAUUGAUGUGGGGACGGGUGACAAUUUUUAUAAGCAGGGGCAGUUGCUGCCGGAGAAUUUUGAGCAGGCCGUUAAGGAGGCCGGGGCCGAGGGGGUGAAAGUGAGGUAUCAGCAGGAUUAUGACCACUCGUACUACUUCAUGGCGACAUUUAGCGAUGAGCACGUCGACCACGCAGCCAAGCACUUGGGUUUGCUGUGAGGAGAAGCUCCAGCGCAUCGAGGGAUGACAGGCG